UUACACUGAAGUUUAAUAAUUCACAGAGCAGUAUUGGAGAUAACACUCGUAGAUUUUGCUGUAACAAAUGAACACAGCAGCUUCUCUGGAAAUGGUAUUGUUAUAUGUAACUAUACAUACAUACAUACAUACAUAUGUAUGUGCAUGGUGAAUUUCACUCCCCAAAAUAAAUCACUGUGGUCGUAAUAGUUUGAAGCAUAGAGCACAAAAGAUUUCAGAGUUGUUACCAUAAGCUUAAAUGAUAGAUACUAACUUAAAUUAUGAAAAAUAAAUGGAAAUGGAAUUAAUAGAAGGAAGCUUUUAAGAAAAACAAGAUAUAAAAAGUUGAAAUACUAAACCUUUGUCAAUAAACAGGCAUUUUUUAAUGUAAUUCGGUCCUGCAAAUGAGAAUCUUGACCUUCUAUCAAACCAUGCUUUGCAUUUAGCCAUUAUUAGAGCCUAAGUUAUGGUUUGAAUGUACAACUGCAGAGAAAAACCAUGAUUUGGAGCUGCUUAUUUGCUGCAGGCGCCUCUACAGAUUGAGCAAGCCCUAAUUGUGUCUUUCCAACUCAUACUUGAUACCAACCCAUUGUUUAUCUUCCUCAAGGAUCCUUUGGUGUUGGCAUCUGAACAGAGUUAUUGUAAAACCAGUUAUAUUAAGCAUUCUUCUAGUGUAAUUUGACUGGCCUUUUCAUGUCACUUGUACCACUUUAAAAGAAAAACACUAGUUCUGAUGUGCGAAAAGAACAGUUCUGGGGAGGCUUGUGUAAUUUACUCCCAGUAUUUUGUUGCCAUGGAAUUUAGGAAAUAAGAUUGUGCAUUGUUUAUAAAGAUUUUUCAUAUAUCACCUGUUUUAUUUGAAAUAGGCUUCAUGGCAAAAAGGAAGAUGCUAGGAAGUGGCAUACACAGGAGGCGGUCUUCUAUCCUGUGAACAUGGCAGUGUAUUCUGCCAUUAGUACAACAGGAAGCUGGCCAUUCUUAAAGCAACUAGAAACGAAUGGAAUUACUAGUUUCCAGAACAAGGGUCAUCAGCAGAGAUUAUUUCUGCUGGAAGAUAAUUCCUGCCACCCAGUGAAGGCACUGUAUAAUAAUUGCUCUUUUUACUCUGGUUUCCAUUUCCCUCUUUUCUUCUGAUGACUCCCAUCUAGAUUAUAGGCCACUUACCGGGAGCAUCCUGUCUUCUUAAUCCUUUAUAAAACUCCAUAUGGUUUCUUAAUUUCAAAAUGUACUAUAUACUGGAAUAGUACACAGCAAUGGCAGAGGAAGAGUAUGACCAGAAGGCAAUGAAAAAGGUGGAUGCUGAUUUGCUAUACGAGUAUAAUUGCAGAAAAUAGUCUUUUGGUAUGUUGAGAUACUGGUGGUGUUUGUGUGAAUGGGUUAUUCCACUGAUUAUUGCACUUGGAAGAAAGUUUACAUACUUGAAUAUCUAUCUAUCUUGUGCUGAGCAGGAUUCCUGUGGAUGGAAGUAGAAGAGGAAUUGUGUGCAUCUGUUCUUCUGGACUCUACAGAAAGAGAAGUCUCCUCUGACUUCAUAGGAAACUAUGAGAUCCCAAGUGAAUAUGAUGAGCUUUCUCAAGGUGAUGAGCCAGAGAAUGUGCAACAGGAUGAAAUUUUGCUCCAAAAUGAACAGAAUCCCUCUCAGAGUCCCAGUGAGGCAGGAGCCUUUGAGGAUCAGGAAUGGAGGGAUGGUUGCCAAGACCAGCCACAACAGGACUCUGUUGAUCCAGGAGACAACCUGGGGCUCCUUCAAGACAUCAUCUCACCACCUGGGAUUCCUUUGAGAAUAGAAGCUUUCAGUUACACCGCAUGUGGGGAAACAAUCCAAAAGAAUGCAAGUCUUGAUGUCCAAUCUGAGGUCUCUCCAGUGGGAGAGAAGCCUCAUAAAUGUACUGAAUGUAGCAAAAGCUUUAGCUGGCGGUCAGAUCUUAUUAAACAUCAAAGAAUUCACACAGGAGAAAAACCGUACAUGUGCAGUGAAUGUGGGGAAAACUUCACUGUGAGCUCCCACCUUUUCACUCAUAAGAGGAUCCAUACAGGAGACAGACCAUUCCUUUGCACUGAGUGUGGGAAAUGCUUCAGUCGGAACUCACAUCUUGUUAACCACCAGAGAACCCACACGGGAGAGAAGCCCUUUGAAUGCAGUGAGUGUGGGAAAUGUUUCGGGGAUUUUUCAACACUGACUCAGCACCAGAGAACCCACACAGGUGAAAAGCCCUAUAAAUGUGUUGAGUGUGGGAAAGGCUUCAUACAGAGUUCACAUCUCAUAAGACAUCGGAAAACUCAUAUGGGAGAGAAACCCUAUACGUGUGCCGAGUGUGGCAAAGGCUUCCGAUACAAAACCCAUUUUGUACAGCAUCACAGACUUCACAUAGGAUAGAAGAGGAGGAGGAAGUUUGCUCCCAGGUUCCUAAGAGCUUGUGAAAGAUACUUAAAUGGGCAAUGAAGAAGAAAAGUGGAGUGUCCUUCACUGUAGUGAACAGAGCUCAGCACUGAUGUUGGUAGCUCCAUGCUUUAUGUAGCAAACCUGUGUAAUGGAUGUAGUACAGUAUUUGCCAAAGCAAAUGUUUAAAACAGGGUGGGCAACCUGAGUCCUUCCAGGUGUUCUGGCCUGCAACUCAUACCAGCCUUCACUAGUGUAACCAAUGCUGGAUGAUGGGAACUGAGGGACAAGAAGACUGAAGGGCCACAAACUUCCCACUCGUUUUAUAGACUUAUGCUCAUACUUCUCAGAUGCAUGCACAUGGGUGCUUAAACACAUGUACACACAUGGGCAUUUUGUCCCCUUUAUUUGCAUGUGGCUCCCUGGGAAAUCAGAAGGAAGGCAAGCAGUAGUUUGCAGUGCGUAACAUCUGGGUGAAGCCAUGAACGCAGUUUGUGGACUGAUAACUUGGGCUGGGGAAGGAGCGGGUAGACAAAGAGUGAGAACUUGGAACUUGGUUGCUAGAAUACAUUGACUGAAGUACAGUAGCAGAAACAUAUUUAAUAUUGUGCCUUUUCUUCAGACAAUAGAAACUCUUGUUUGUCAAAUUGAUGGUUGAUCUCAAAUACCGUUUUUGGAAAUGCCUCCUAUUUGCAUCUGCAUGUGGAAAAUUCCCCUCAUUCUUUUAUACAACAUUUUCCAUGAUCAGUCUGGGGUUGAAAAAACGCAUCAUAUAGAUGCUAUUGCAGGAGCUUAGCCAACUGGCCAGAGAGAUAGGUUGAAAUAUAGCCAUUUUUUGGAGACAAUAAUUUAUUAACUACCCUUUCUCUGGAAGUAAAAAAUUCCUCUGUUGUCCCAUUUCUUAUUUCUGACUGGUUUCUUGGUUGAUGUUCCAUAUGGGCAUUUGGAAACUUUUUAGAGGCAAUCAGCAGAUGAUGAAAAUCUGGCUGCAUCCUGCGUAUCCUAGUGAAGAAGGGUAGUAGCUCCAGUACCUUACAUUGCUUAAAAUCCAGUUUAGAGAAUCAGGAUAAUCAUUUUUAGGAUAGAACCACUGGUGAUCCCAACACACAGGAACAGGGUAUACUGGAAAGAAAGCAAGGUUAACCACUGAUCGUUGUGAUACUCCUUAGGCACAGGUUUUCUUGCUUGGUUUGUUUAGUUUUUGAACAUGGGAGCAUUCAAGCUUGUUGGACACCCAUCACCCCCGCCUGCAUCAUGAGGCAUCACAUUCUAUGAAGUUCAUUACCACUUGAUUGUACUGGUUUUAAAAAAUGUCUCUCAAACUUACUUAAACAUGCACAAUUGCUCCAUAACUAUGGAUGUCUGGGUGAAUUAUUCCAUAAUUCAUCCUGGUGGAACCAGAAAGACGCAAAAAUAUGCAUGUUAUUGCAUGCAAAUAAUUGGAGCCAAAUAAUUCAGAGGUCAGCAGAAGCAGUCUGAGGCCUCAGAGGGGAAUUGCUGGAUGCACAUGGCUGAGUUUAAAUUCGAGGGCUCUGUUUGGGUUAGUAGGCUCCACUAGGACUUGGAGCAAGUGUUGGGGGCAGCAUUCCCAAGCAGCUGCUGGGAGCUGAGGUGCCCUGUUCACAAAGUGGCUGCCAAGGCAAGUGUGGCUAGUCACUGGGGACCCACUUGCAGGGGUGUGGGCCGAGUCCUGAAACGCAAAGCCACUCAUUCAGGACCUGCCCCCAAGCCCCCUCAGUACAAAGAACCAUUGAUCCCAACCAGGCAUUUCUCGCAGCAUC